AUGACCGUGACACCUUUCCCCCUACCAACCGACGCACCCAUCCCGGCCGCCGCAGCAACCACUCCUGUUGGCGCUGGUGCAGCCCCCGUUACUGCCGGCGCAGUUGCCAACCCUGUUGGAACAGUCCCAGCAUUAGGAGCACAAGGGCAGGGUCAGGAGGCACAAUUGACGGACGAGCAGAUUCUGACACAAAUGCAGGCCAUCAAGGACGAAGAGGCGAAUGCGCACCCGUUGGUGGAUCACUCGGUAGACCUCUUGGAGCUUGCGCAGGAGUAUGAGAACGGUAGUGAGGCCUUCAAGAAAAAGAUCCAGAACUUGUCGGAUACCCAUGAUAGAAUGCGGCGAUCAAGGGGCGAUGGCAACUGCUUCUACCGAGCAUUCGCGUUUGCUUGGUUCGAGCGGGUGAUGUUGGCGAUCAAGUCGAAACCAGAGUUGCAUGCGAAUGCGGUCAGGACGAUUGAAGGGACCAAGGACCUCUUGCUCGCUGCACAGUUUGAGUUGCUCGCAUUCGAGGAUUUUUACCAGGUGACACUCGAGACGCUCCAGAGCCUGGUCCAUUCCACCUCUGAGGAACUCUUGGCAGCCUUCCAGAACGACGAAAUCUCAAACUCGAUUGUGAUGCAUUUCCGGUUGGUGGCGUCGGCAUUCUUAAAGACACAUCAGGACGAUUAUGCGCCGUUCCUCGAGUUUGGUCAAACAAUGGACGAGUUCUGUUCGAUGCAUGUGGAAGCCAUGGGACGGGAGUCUGAAGAGAUGAUGCUGAUUGCGUUGACAAAGGCUACCCAGGUGUCGAUUGAGGUGGCGUAUUUGAACGGGAACCAGGCAGCGGAUGAGGUCAACUUUUUGCCGUUCUUGCCCGAUACUGCUCCGUAUAUGCCGCCAUUGGUGCUCCUCUAUCGCCCGGGACAUUAUGACAUCUUGUACCGCAAGAGCCAUUGCUUGGAGGGUGUCAUCUGA